UUUACCAACUAUGAAGGGAGACGUUUCUUCCGACGCCGCGCGUUUUUACGUGAACCUCCCACUUUCCCUCCCCACCCCCAUCAACAGCAAGAACUGCUCACCGAUCUGCCAUCUUAGUAAAGGAGGCCGGGGACGGGGGGGGGGGGUGGGGGGAGGGAAGGAAGAAGAGGGGGGGGCAAUAGAAAGGAAUCUCGGACGUACUAAAAAACGAAUUGCUUUGUAAUUGCAAGCAUUUUAUUUUCGGGGGCGGGAGGGAAGAGAAAAGUUAUUUUUUUGGUCUAAUAAUGCCAACUAGCUGCGCGGCCUAUGGGUGCACAGCAGUGUACAGGAAGAACACGAACACCAGCUUCCACAGGUUUCCCUCUAACCCCAGGAGACGGAUGGAAUGGAUACAACUUGUUCGGCGGGAAAACUUCAAGCCAAGCAAACACACUUUUCUUUGUUCCAAACAUUUUGAGCAAACCUGUUUUGACCGGACAGGACAGACCAGACGCCUGCGAGAAGAUGCCGUCCCUACAAUAUUUGACUUCCCUCCACAUGUUCAAAAAAAGUUAGCAGGCAGAAAAUCCCCCCUGACUUCUAUGGGCAUCAGUAACCAGCAAACCCCACCCAAGUCCUUCACUAGCGCUGGCAGUAACACUAGCAUUAGCACUAGCACAAGUAGUAGUACCAGCACCCAAACUAGCAGCAUCAAGGAAGUGUUCCAAGAGCACAGUUACUGUUUGGCAAAUCCUGUUGUAGCCAAGAGGAAGAUAUUCCAGUUGCAAGAUGAAGUGGAUUACCUCAGACAGCAAAUAAAGAUCAGCAGGCAGCGGGAACGUCGUGUGGUCAAGAAGUGGAGAGGGAUCAGCAACCUUCUCGUGGAGCUGAGAGAGAAAAACCUUUUGCCUAGUGACAAGGAACCAGAACUUAUUGAGGCUGCCUUAAGUGACAAAUCUCUUAAAAACCUAUGAGCUCACAGAAAUUCACCGGUAUAAAUGAUACUGUGACCCAGAAAAGGCAGUUCGUUUCACUGUUCUGUCCACUUCCUUUGACCCUGAAGCACAGGAACAAAAUACUUUUCAGCAACCUUUCACUCACCAAACUGCAAUGCCUGGAUGCUUUUGUUUAUUCAUUGUUCAUCAACAAUCAUUCAUGAGUGAUGCACGUUGAAUUCAUUGACUUAAAAUGUAACGAACAGUGUUGCAUGGCACCAGUGUUUGCGUUGGCAAUAAAUGUCUGCUCAGAUACGUAGUCAGACAGGUGCUUUAUCCUGGUUUGUCAGAAGAUAUUGGACAGUUAACACAAGCCAUGUUAUGACAUUUUUAUUCAGUGAGCCCUGACAAAUUACCAGCCUGAAAUGUGCCUUGACACCAGCCUCAUAACCCUUCUAAACCACAGUGAUGUAUUUGAUUUCCAUACCCAUUGUCCUGUCUGGAAUUGCCAGUUAGUGCUCAAGAAGCUUUGUGCUACAGACAUGUGCACACUACAAACAGGAUUGAGACUUCACCUGACACAUUUGAUGCAGGACUCCUGCAGACAGCAGUAAAAGAAGAUGUUUAUUCUACUAACUGAAGAGAAUAUUGUCGCUAAUUGGUGCUACACCUGCUAUUGUUUGAGCAACAAGAGGAUUCCACAGCAGAUGCAGCAUUUUACUGUGCCAUCUGUGGUGGGCAUUAUUCAGAACCCCAUGAAAUUCCAGAAGAGAAUGGGACUGUUGCAGCUUACUCCCACUCUCAGCCACGUUAGUGUCUUCCAUUGAGUCUGCUGAUUGCCCCAUGGUUUAAUGCAGUUGUUAUAAAUGUGAAAUGUGCUGAGUAGGAAAAGAGUCAUUGAAAGCUGACACCUGUGUUUUGACCAAUUGGAGAAGGAAAAGUAUUCAGUGCCAUAGCACUGUGUCCCACCAGGGACUGAUUUGAUCCCUUCAGGAUUCACUUGCAGACACUUACAAAACAAAUUAUGUAAAAAUAAUAGCAUGGUUAUGUAGCACAUUGGUAAAACUACAUUUUCGAGACAGAAUUUUUGAUGUCAGUCACAAGAGGAGGACGUUGGUUGACUUUCAGGUGCUUUCCUGUACCAAGAAGAUGAAACCCUUCAUAGGACAUUAUGCAAUGACAUCUUGUCAGUAAUUUUAUCGAAAGAUAGGAUCAGCUGAACUGCCUACAAAAUGAUCAGAUAAUCACAUGAGGAAUUCAUGUAACCAGGGACAAAUUUCCACCACAAUCCAUUAUUAAAGAGAGGAUAGAAUUUACACAAUGCCACAGCAGCCCUGAAGAUUACAGGUGCCAGGGACAUGGGACUGGAAUAAGCCCUUUUAGUCUCCCUUGAUCCUAUUCUAUCAUUUAAUUAGUUUGCAUCUGAUCUGCACCUCAAUGCCACCCACAACCUUGGAUCACCCUUGCCUAACGAAAAUCUACCAACCAUGGUGGGUUUUUUUUGAUGUUACCAAUUGACACCCCCCCCCCCCCAAAGCUGCUUAGAGUUUAUAGGAUUGCCCAUAGACCAGUGUGAUAUAUGUGACAAUUUGUGUUGAAUUGGAUUAAGAGCAAAAAAUCACUUGGAAUUAAGAGAACUGUUUAACCAUUAGUAAAGAAAUAAUGAUAAACUAACUUGGCACAGAUGAAGCCCAGAGGCUUCUUGGAUCUGCAUGCACUAACUGAUCAUAUUUGGGAGAACAGGACAUUUAGAAAGAACGAAAGAAAUGACAUUGAAAACUUGGGUUGUUCGCCCUGAUCAUUUCAAUCCAAAGGAUUUUCUUAAGUGUAGUAAAACAAUGUGAUAAACAUGUAUAUAUCCUUAUUAUAACUUUAGUUUAUGUUGAUGAAUCAAACAGAGAAUAUUAGAUCUAACAGUAAUGGGCCAAAGGGCCUGUUUCCAUGCUGCACAGCUAUAUCACUCAAAUAGAUUUGAACAGAUAGAAACAGAAAUAAGUACAAUACUAAAAGCAAUAAAAUGAAGUAAGUGAAAGAAAUGAGAAUUGAUAUUUAAAUACAAAUGAGAAAUGAAAAUACCUGGAGAAAAGAUGAAAUUUUAUUCUUGAGUUUAUACAAUCAGGCUGAUACUGCAAAAUUUGUAGGAUUAAAAUCAUCGUGUUCUGGAGAAAUCAGGAAAACAUAUGACAAUGUGGAUUAAUGCAUGAUCAAUAAUUUUUUAAGGUUUCACAGUGACAAUGACAUUUUUAAAAAUGCCACAAAAAUUGUACUAAUGUUCCCAAGAAUUUUCCAGAUUAUGGGAUUACAGGUUGAAACUCGAAUCCAGCAUCCUGUGGUCUGGUGACUCCCAUGGUCUGGCAUGUUUUGAAUCUGUAAUACAGAUCUGUACUAAUUAAUUCUAGCUAAAAAUCUAACUAAAACCUAAAAUCUAGUAUUAAUCUGUGGCUACUUUGGUAAUCUCAGCCAACAGCAUUUGCGAUUUAUGGAAACUUUGGGUUAUGGACAGUUCUUGGAAUCCUCCAAUUUCAAUUUCCCGCAACCUUCCCACCGUUCAGGUCCUUCCUAGCUUAUGAAUGCCCGACUUAUGUGCAUACAAUUGAGCAUUUGGGAGACCGGUGGGAUGGAUGGGGAUGGAUUUGCCGGCUGCUGCAGGGCUGCAGGCAUCGUCUGCCACCUGGUAACCUCAGUUCGUGGCCGCAUUUCCAACUUGCGAACUGUUUGGGUUACAAACAGUUCACAGGAACAGAACCCUGCUGUAACCUGGGGGGGUGAGGUCUACUUAAAAAGAACAGUUCUCCUGCUUAGAGCAAGAUGAUCAGGGGGCAAUUUCUGGUCAGGUCCCAAGGGUGUCAGACGAUAAUGUUUCAACCUGUAUUUGCUUUCUGGUAUGUUAUGUUAUAAGUGUGACUCAUUAAUGAGGACAAUCUAUGUUACUUGCAAUUUCAUGGCCAUGAAUGCUGUUUGCUGCAGGUAAAAAUAGAAUUCAUACUAAUUCAACACAGCUUGCCCAAUGUGAUUUACAAAAUGACACUUUAUGGAUGUAAAGGUUGUAACAUUGAAUGUAUUUUGAAAGGAGUUUCAAUUGAACUUUCAACUGCUAUUUGCACACUCAGAACAAAUGCAUGUAAGUUUAAGUUUCAAGUCAACCUUUCAAUUUUCCUCUUCUCAACUCCAGCUAAUUCUGUACCUCUUUCACCACAUUCAAAAAAAGUAGAUUUAAAAAGUAACUUGAAGAUUCAUAACCUUCAGGGCCAUGGGGCAAGAGCUGGGAAGCCGGUUUUAACCGAGAGUCCAAUUUUGGUUGCCAUGGUCACAGCAGGCAAUGGUUUCCUUGGGUACCGUAAAUUUCCAUGAUUUUCCCCUGCUAUUGGUAGAAGAGACCACAGCCAUUGGACAAAAAGCCUCUGAAAAUCCCAUCCUAAUCUACAACUCUCCAUUCUCAUCUUUUUAAAAAAAAUUAACUUCCAUAGAAUUCAUUUCUUUCACAAUGUUUUGGUCACCUACCUCUCUUAUUUCAAAUUUGGUGUUUAUUUUUCAUGUGGCAAUCUGUAAAGCACCUUGUGACUAUUCUUCUAUAUUACACUCACUUUAUAAAUAGAGGUAGAAAUUGUUAAUAAAUAAGGGCAACUUAACAUCAGUAAUACUUUCAACGCACUAUACUUAACAAGUAUAUCAAGAUGCAUAGAGUUUGAUAAAUGGAGUGCAACAAAUUACAGAAAAGCAUUUGCAGUAGUAAGCAUGUGGGAGUGGAUUUCAAGCACAUAAUUCAUUAACCACUGUUUGGGACUCAUUUUCUGAUUUCUUUCAGUCUAUGCAUCUGUUGAUACAAAAAAAUAGGCUGGUAAUCUACUCCCAGACUACCAUAACAAUGGCUGCCAGCAAAUGACAGGAUAUGGAUCCUUGUUAUUCUCUGUGUUACACAAGGAAACAACAAUUACGUGUAAUAACUAACUGAAUCUUUCCAUCUAAGCUGUAGUUCCAUGCACUGAUGAAUAUUACUACCGCAAAGAUUUGAAUAGUAUAGCACAGGAAGCACUGUUUGACCCACUGAGUCUGCAACAAUUUUUUCAUCAUGCCCCUGCAAUUUUUUAUCCCUUCAAGUAUUUGUUCAAAUAACUUCUAAAAUAAUAGUGGUUUGUCUCCACCGAUUUGUCAAGCAAUACCUUCUAUAUGAUAACCACUCAUUAUAUAAGAGAAUUUUCCUUUUGUCUCCUAAUUAUUUUGCCAAUCAACUUAAACCUGUGCCCUCUAAUUAUAGACUCUUCAGUCUCUAGAAUCAAUUUAUUGCUCUAAUCUCAAUAUAAGAUGUUUAAUAUCUCUGUCAAACUUCUUCCAGCCUUCUCUGUCCUAAAGAAACUAAUCCGUUAUCCCAGGUACCAUUAACAUGUGGAUUGUAACCAUCAGUUUUGGGAAAGUACUUUUUUUUGUUUUACACUUUUUCAUGUUUGCCCAUUUUUCCUUGUUAAACAAUGUUUGCAGUUGACCAGAGUAGGAAGGGUGUGGAUGUACUCUGAUAGAGAGUGUUGUUGCAUUGUGUGCUGCUAUUCCACAAAUCAAUUCAAGGGGAGGAGCCCCGGCAUGGCAUAGAUCAAACACUGCACUUCAUAAGUGUGAAUGCUUCAAUACAACAGACAAAUACAAUAACUGGUGAAUAAGACUUGAGAACUUGUUGCUAUUAAAUGUGAUGAUUGUGGGUGUUUAAUUUAUUUACAGUAGUAGUAACCAGUUCAAGGUGCCAGUACUUCAGAUGUACAUUAAAGGAGGCUGAAGAGUAGCACCUUUAUAAUCUUGGGUAAAAUGAUUUGGAGUUGCAGAUACAUUACAGAUCCAGGCAUAGGACUUUACUAGAAUUCUAUUUUAUUCAAUAUUGGUGUUCAGAACACUGUGCAUUGUGACAAAUUCAAUAAA